CCCUGGAAGUCUGAAAGUACAGCCAAAAUCUCCCUCCCCAGUGACUUACCUGGGGGGCCCCUAGACCCUGAGGACCAGCAGGAGCGGGGGCUGGGAGUGCUGAGGAAGAAACCAGGAAUCCUGUGCAGAGCCGGUCAGGCCGCAGCGUGGACGCCCUCCCAGGCCGCUGUGGCCCCAGCCCCGCCUGACAGGAUGAGCGGCUCAGACGCGGGGCUGGAGGAGGAGCCAGAGCUCAGCAUCACCCUCACGCUGCGGAUGCUGAUGCAUGGCAAGGAGGUGGGCAGCAUAAUCGGGAAGAAGGGAGAGACGGUAAAGCGAAUCAGGGAGCAGGUGAGGAUGGAGUUAGGGGGAGGAGCCCGGGAUCCCAGGUGUGGAGGGGAGGGGAAAUCCCUGCCCCACCUUCUCCCCUCGCCGCUCCUGUGGUCUGUGAUGACCAGCGAGUGCACCCGGAGAGCAGUGGCUUCCUGCCUCAGCUGGGGCUUGGUGAGCGGGUGGGCAGCCAGGUUCCUGGUGAGGGAGCGGAGCAAGUGCUUCCACUGCCUGGUGCUCAUCCUGUACCUGCAGAGCAGUGCCCGGAUCACCAUCUCUGAGGGCUCCUGCCCCGAGCGCAUCACUACCAUCACAGGGUCCACGGCAGCUGUCUUUCAUGCAGUCUCUAUGAUUGCCUUCAAGCUGGAUGAGGACCUUUGUGCAGCUCCUGCAAAUGGCGGGAAUGUCUCCAGGCCCCCAGUGACCCUACGCCUUGUCAUCCCUGCCAGUCAGUGUGGCUCGCUGAUUGGGAAGGCUGGCACCAAGAUCAAGGAGAUUAGGGAGACCACAGGUGCACAGGUGCAGGUGGCAGGAGACCUGCUCCCCAACUCUACAGAGCGGGCUGUCACCGUGUCCGGGGUGCCUGAUGCCAUUAUCCUCUGUGUGCGCCAGAUCUGUGCUGUUAUCCUGGAGUCCCCACCCAAAGGAGCCACUAUCCCAUAUCAUCCGAGCCUCUCUCUAGGCACUGUCCUUCUCUCUGCUAACCAGGGCUUCUCUGUCCAGGGCCAGUAUGGGGCUGUGACUCCAGCUGAGGUCACCAAGCUCCAGCAGCUCUCGGGCCACACGGUCCCCUUUGCCUCACCCAGUGUGGUGCCAGGCCUGGAUCCCAGUGUACAGACCAGCUCGCAGGAGUUCUUGGUCCCCAACGAUCUGAUUGGCUGCGUGAUCGGGCGCCAGGGCAGCAAGAUCAGUGAGAUCCGGCAGAUGUCAGGGGCACAUAUCAAGAUCGGGAACCAAGCGGAGGGUGCCGGUGAGCGGCACGUGACCAUCACUGGCUCGCCAGUCUCCAUUGCCCUGGCCCAGUACCUCAUCACUGCCUGGGCCUCCGCCGGGCCUGGCAGCCUACACUGCCAAGAUGGCAGCAGCCAAUGGGAGCAAGAAAGCCGAGCGGCAGAAAUUCUCCCCCUACUGAGGCUGGCUGAGGCACAGGUGGGGGCAGCAGGACCACCAGGCGUGAGGCUGCCUCUGCACCCUACCUGCCCACGGAGACUCCACCCUGGGGUCCCUAAUGCCGCUAAUGCCCAGACGCAUGGAUGCACCCCCCACCUCACCCUGGCCUGCGGGAGUUCCUCCUCGCAGAGUAGGGGCAAUUUCUGGCCCAGGGUUCUGGGAGCUGCGGCAACCCCAGGGUAGGGAACCCCAUUCCCCUCAGCUCUGUGCUUGGAUGCAGGGAGCAGCCAGGGGCUUCCUUUAGUGCCCCCACUUGGGGGGAGGGUCACUCAUGCACUCCCUGCCCCCUAGAGCUUCCAGCCUACUGCCACCCUAUAGGGAUCAGGGAGGAGGGCUGGGGGAGGGUGCUGAGAGCCAGGCUUCUCUCCCCACCUCCCUGCAGAUUCCUGCUGCUUCCACUGACUGCCCUUUUGACUGGAAUGGACUGGCUGGGCUUGGCAGGGGGAGGAUCUCAAAAGGGGAGAACUUUGGAUAGCUGGGGGAGUGGCGUGGGGGUAGGGGCCGAGUUCUCAGCAGCUGACACUCUGUACAGUUUUUUCAAUCCCUGUUUUUGAAUAAAUAUUCUCAGCAACCAGGAA